GCCCCCUUCAUCAAUCGUGCAUGGACACAGAUCAGCUCUCUCACUCACUUCAGUAUCUGACUCUCGUGCUCGUAGUCGCGCUGUUUCAUCGCUCCUCUCCAGCGCGCUCUCCGGCUCUCCAGCCCAAGUUUACGCACAGGGAUGCGGGCGCGCAAAGCAGCUUGAAUAUGGGUCUCGUUAGGAUUUAUUCAUUUUUUAUUCAUCUUCACUUAUUGGUUUUGGGUCAAGCUUUAAGGAAUUAUCCGGAUAAUGAAGUUACUUUGCUUGACUCAAUGUCCGCCCCAGGUGAUCUGGGUUGGGAAGCGUAUCCUCCAGAGGGGUGGGAGGAGAUAAGUGUUAUGGACGAGCGCAACAUACCUAUGAGGACGUACCAGGUGUGCAAUGUAAUGGAGGCCAAUCAGAACAACUGGUUACGCACUGGCCUGAUACAACGUGAGGGGGCCCAACGCGUGUACGUGGAGAUCAAGUUUACUCUACGCGACUGCAAUAGCUUGCCAGGAGUUCCUGGAACUUGUAAGGAGACCUUCAACGUCUACUACCACGAAUCCAACAACGCUGUCACAGCUCCUUUGCGGCACAUACGCGAGAGCCAGUACGUCAAGAUCGACACUAUAGCGGCCGACGAGAGCUUCACGCAGACCGAUGUUGGGGAUCGUGUCAUGAAACUAAACACGGAAGUGCGGGACAUCAGCGGUCUCAACAAGAAGGGCUUAUACCUUGCUUUCCAGGACUUGGGUGCUUGCAUUGCUCUGGUGUCGGUGCGAGUCUUUUACAAGCGUUGUCCGUUGGCUGUUCUCAAUCUAGCACGGUUCCCAGACACGGUGACGGGUGGAGAUUCAGCGUUGGUGGAGGUGCGUGGUGCUUGCGUGCAGGAUGCAGAAGAACUGGAGGCACCACGGAUGUUCUGCAGCGCUGACGGAGGUUGGCUGGUGCCCAUCGGCCGCUGCGUCUGCCGUCCAGGCUUCGAGGAGGUAGACGGUCACUGCCAACCAUGUCGGUCAGGUUUCUACAAAGCUUCUGCCAUGGAUGCAUACUGCGUGAAGUGUCCUCCACACAGUUACUCCCAUCAGGACAAAGCAUCCGAGUGUGUGUGCGAGAGAGGCUUUUACCGGGCCGAAAUGGACCCCCGCUCUAUGCCUUGCACAAGACCGCCCUCUGCACCCGGCAACCCAGUUUCCAUGGUGAACGAGACUGCGGUUACCCUCGAAUGGAGUCCACCCCGUGAAAACGGCGGUCGUGGAGAUGUCACCUACAGCGUCCACUGCCGGAAGUGCUCCGGAGAGACGGGUACGGGGCAAGAUGUUGAAAAGUGUGUUCCCUGCGGAAGCGGGCCACGGUUUAACCCGAGGCAGUUCGGCUUGAUGCAUCCCAGAGUUUUGAUCACAGAACUGCAACCCCACACCAACUACACCUUCAGUAUAGAAGCCCUAAAUGGAGUGUCGGAUCUCAGCCCCAGUCCACGUCAAAUGGUGUCUGUGAACGUCACCACUAGCCAAACAGUGAGUGUCAUCGUAAAGGAAAGAAAGGGCACCGACAGUGUAACGCUGGCAUGGCACGGUCCAGAACCUUCUGAUGGGACCGUUGUGGAAUAUGAGGUCACCUAUUAUGAAAAGAACCAGCACGAUCAGAACUACACGGUGCUCAAGACCAAAUCUAACAGCAUGACCGUGGAUGGACUCAAGCCAGGAACCACAUACGUGUUCCGGGUUCGAGCUCGCACGGAUGGUGGCUAUGGCAACUACAGGGGGGAGAUUGAGUUGGAGACACGCCAUGAAGAUAUGUUGGCGGUCGGAGACCCCAACCAGCAGACCAUUUUGGCUAUUUCUGUAGCUGGUGGUGCUGUGCUGCUGGUCUUACUAGUGGCCUGUUUUGUCGUAAGUGGACGGCGCUGUGGAUACAUAAAGGCAAAGCAAGACCCAGAGGAAGAGAAAAUGCAGUUUCAGCAUGGACGAGUCAAACUUCCUGAAACGCGGACAUACAUUCACCCGCACACGUAUGAAGACCCAAACCAGGCGAUACGAGAUUUUGCCAAAGAGAUUGAAGUCAACAACAUUCGAAUUGAGAGAGUUAUUGGGGCCGGUGAGUUUGGAGAGGUGUGCAGUGGGCGUCUAAGGCUGCCCAGUAAAAGAGAGAUCCAAGUGGCGAUCAAGAGCCUGAAAGCUGGAUAUUCAGAGCAGCAGAGACGAGACUUUCUGAGUGAGGCCAGUAUCAUGGGUCAGUUCGACCAUCCCAACAUCAUUAGACUGGAGGGAGUCGUCACAAGAUGUAAGCCUGUGAUGAUAGUGACUGAGUACAUGGAAAAUGGAUCUCUGGACACGUUUUUGAAGAAACACGACGGGCAGUUCACAGUCAUCCAGCUUUUGGGAAUGAUGCGUGGCAUAGCUGCAGGGAUGCAGUACCUUUCCGAGAUGAACUAUGUACAUCGGGAUUUGGCAGCACGUAACAUUCUGGUGAACGGAAACCUGGUGUGUAAAGUGUCCGAUUUUGGGCUUUCACGGGUGCUGGAGGAUGAUCCCGAAGCGGCCUACACAACACGGGGUGGUAAAAUUCCCAUUCGAUGGACAGCCCCUGAAGCAAUCACUUAUAGGAAGUUCACGUCAGCCAGUGAUGUCUGGAGUUACGGCAUUGUCAUGUGGGAAGUGAUAUCCUACGGGGAGCGACCGUACUGGGAAAUGUCCAAUCAGGAUGUGAUAAAAGCUAUAGAUGAAGGCUACAGGCUUCCGGCACCAAUGGAUUGUCCCGUAGUUCUUCACCAGCUCAUGCUGGACUGCUGGGAAAAGAACCGCAGCGAUCGACCGAAAUUCGGGCAGAUUGUCAACACGCUGGACAGGCUCAUCCGAAAUCCUAGCUGCCUGAAGCAGCUGGCCAACACUGCGGUCUGGGAGGAUCCAGUGACCCCUGAGGCCGGGGUCAGUACAGUAGGGGACUGGCUUGACUUAAUUAAAAUGGGUCAGUACAAGGAACAGUUCUCCAGUGCCGGUUACGUUUCCCUGGACUCGGUCCUGUACGUCAGUGCCAGUGAACUGGAUCAGAUGGGUGUAGCGCUGGCGGGCCAUCAGAAAAAGAUCAUUUCUAGUAUCCAGUGUCUACAAGCACAACACAGGGCUCAGGUUCAAGUAUAGCCCUCAACUUCCCAGACCCAUUUCACUUCUACUGAGGAGGAGCAUUCGUGCCACAUGAAGGCAUCUUGCUGCAAAAUGACUCAAUGUCUUAUUUCUCUACCAGCACUGAAGUUCAUCCGCCCUACAGGAAUACGAUGCGAUCGGAGACUGUGGACGUUCACACCACUUAGUAUUGAAGAUCCAGCGAUUGGAGGGAAAUUGAGAACCUACACCAUGUGACAUCACAGCACUGUGACAUCACGCUCCACUCCUCAUUGUAUGUACAGAAGACCUUGAAGAAACACCAACUGUGUCUUGUGAAUCUUGAACUGUUUUGCAAGCGAUGCUAGUUUGAUGUUGUGGUGGUCAUGAAGGCAUGAAAGGGGUUCAUGCAGACUUGUGUACAUGGUAAUAGUUUAGCAAGACUCCUCAUCAGUUGCAUAUAGCAACAAAGCACUGAUUUCUCACAAACACACACACACACACUUUUAUACAGAACACAUUUAUACUCAGCCAAAUCUACGUUCGCCAGCAUCUGUGGAAAAUGUCACAUCCACGGUGGAGUAUUCGGAGACCCACCUUCUUGACCUUCAAUGUGCAGCAGCAGAAAAAGCAAAAGCUUGGAGAUGAAGUAAUCGUUGCAGACUCUUAAAAGGACAGAUGGGCAAUCUCACAUAAAAGACAAAAAUCUCAAGCAAGAUUUUUCCUUCACGCUGCCUGCAACUUUUGUUCCUCUUUUUCAACACGGCAAUGUGGAGAGCCCUGUCGUUUGAUGCGGGUUUUCAUUACAUAUUUUACAUCAUCAGUCCACGCCUCAUUGCUUUGAUUGAAGGAGACGGGAAUAUUUUUGUGCAGUUAAUCAGAGGGAUGGCAUCUCCAAAACGUACUGGUGUUGAUGGAGGUACACUUGGUGAACUGUACAAACUAUAUUUGUCUUGGAUCCUGUUUAGUGUCAGUCCGCUGGUUACCGAGCGAGUGAUACUACUUUAAUACAUUUCCAAAUGGUCUGAUAAUGACUGGAGAGGCUUAAACAUACAAUUUUCACAUCAUUUCAUGCACAAUGUUUUAAAUCCUGCGUGUCAGUAACUGAUAUUUCCAUGUUGCCAGUGCUUCGAAAAUAAAUCCGUCAACCGUUUUCCCAUGUUUAUAGGCAGUGCUUCGUUUUGCACUAUGAAAUGGCUACGUGUAACAGUAAUAAGGAAGAAGAUUGUACUGAAGUAGAAAUUGAGACUUUGUACAGUGUUGGUUAUUGUAUUUGUACAGUAAUGACUUAGUGUUUUAAAGGUUUGUCAGUUGUAAAUUAAGGCAAUGUCGUAACUCUUAUUUUAAACCUUCAACUUUAGCUUUGGACAGACGAGGAUUGUGAGGCUGUAGAAUGUAAUGGAUAUAUUAGCUUUAUGGUGUUGGGAAAAGCUAAGCAUUCUCAGGAUUUUAAUUUUUCACUAAUACACACUUCAAGAUGGCAACAAAACUGACAGAAUGGCCACCUCGUAGCAGUUCUGUCAUUGAGUUCUGUUAGCUGUCUUUUGAUUUUUUCAUUAUUUAUAAUAUGUUAAAACUUCACACAUCAAGUUGCAAAUCAUGUGUGACCCUGGACCACAAAAUCAGUCAAAAGUAGCAUGGGUGUAUUUGUAGCAAUAGCCAACAAUACAUUGUAUAGACCGUUUCAGCAGUAAUAACAUAAACAAGCGGCUGUCGCGGUCCGCAUGAACUUCCGGUAAACUCCGCUAAGAAUAAAUAACAACAAAGUUCGUUAAACGUAGUUUAUUUAUAUAACAAGCAAAAAAACAACACAUAGAUUACAUAGGAAACCAAAACAUUUAUUAUUUUCGACGAGGCAUUUGUUCAAGAGAUCAGUUUAGCAACUAGUCAGACCAUUAAAAAAACGACACCGGAAGUAAGGUUCGGAUCCAGACGUGUAUCACGUGCGUCCGAUGAAAUGGUCUAUAAGUCAAAAUUAUUAUUUUUUUCAUUAGGAUAUUAAAUAAAAUGAUGGUUCAUGAAGAUAUUUUGUACAUUUCCUACCAUAAAUAAAUAUAUAGAAAAAAUAUUUAUUAUUAGUAAUAUACACUGCAAAAAAUUACUUUCUUACUUAAUAUCUUGGUCUUGUUUUAGUAGAAAUAUCUAAAAAUUCUUAAAUCAAGAUGUAUAUUCUUGAUGACCUAAGAAAAUAACUCUAGUUCUUAAACAAAAAUAUACAAAUUAAGUGAAUUUGUACUUAAAACAAGCAAAAUUAUCUGCCAUUGGAG